UCCCUAAAACCAAAUUAAAGACAAUUUUAAGAAUUAUUGUGAAACUUUGAAGCUAUUUUAACAAAUCUGGUACUAAAUGAGCCCAAGGAAAUCACCCUGAAUCCUAAUUUCUCCAUCAAGCCACUAAUCUUUAAGUAUAAAUCAUGGAGUUAGCGUUCUAUUGUAUCUUGACUUUAAGCUCAGAUUUAGUCAGUAAGAUAAUGCUAGAGACUAGGGGGUUGAGUGUUACGAGAACUAAUGAGUUUUGUUGAAAUAGGGGAUACAUCAGUCGUUAGGUGUUACACGCUUGUUUUUAGGUAGCAUUUGACUGGCUUGGGGUCUGAGGAUUGGCUAUUAUAGGGCUUAGUUUUGCUCCUUAUGGAUUUAUAUUUGAGUUGAGAUAUUGAGUAUACGUUGUUCAAAGGCUGAAAUCUCCCAUCCGUACUGAACUCUUACGAACAAGUAGAGUCUUUAGGAAGAAAAAGAGGCUGAAGAUACCCCCUAAAAGGUCUCAGGAAGAACUCUGAGGGCUAUUACAGAGGAAAGUGGGGUAAAGGAAAAUUUAUAUGAGAAGAGUCUCUUGUGAAGGACUUUUGGGGGAGGAGUGAACACUGGUGUUUAGAGAUAGAAGAGAUUGGAUAGAAAUUAACUGAAGUUUAUAGAUGCUUAGGGUGGUAAAUACUUUUGAGGACACUAAUUUUGGAAGUAUUGGGGUCAACUGAAGGCGUUCAAAUUCAUACUCUGUGGUGAGAUUGGUGAAAAUUAUUAGAUAGACUGAUGAGUCAUUAAAU